CGAAUGCAGACUGAUUGUAAGGCCUACUCUGAAAUGGAAAAGCAUUUAGUAAGUCUAGAGAAACCCGAAGGCCUCUAUGAAGAGCUAAGCCAGUUAACUGGAGAUAAUGUGACAAAAUCUAGUGAUGUCAGUUCCAUAUUUAUAACAUUAUGGGCAGAGCAAUUAUAUGGCUUGAAAUUACCCGAUUGGACAAAAGUCUUAUAUCCCGAUAAAAUGCGUUUUAUGGCCGAACAAAGUUAUGUGGAUUUAGUGGCGACAACUGAAAUGAAGCGUAUAAAAGCCGGACCAUUUCUGGAAAUGUUGACAAAACAAAUGUUGGAUAAGGUAAAUGGAACGCUUAAGCCUACAGAGAGGAAAAUGUUUAUAUAUUGUGCUCAUGAUUGGACUAUAACCAAUAUUUUGAUUGGUUUGAAGGUGUGGAAAAGGCAAAUGCCUAAUUUUGCGGCUUUAAUUUUAUUUGAAUUGCAUCAAGAUAACGAGACUAAGGAAUAUUAUAUGGAGCUUUAUUUUCAAAAUGGCCCUAAAAAUACUUUAGAAUCUUUAACUUUACCCGGUUGUAGUUUUCAGUGCCCCUUGACUAAGGUUAUGGAACUGCUACAAGAUGUUUUACCCACCGCAACUUAUGAUGAAAUGUGUGAUAAUGAAUAGAGAGCAAUUAAGUUGUGCUGUUUCUAUUGAUUAAAAUAUAAUCAGUAAAUUUUGUAUUAACGUCACUUUUACUUUUUGCUUAAUAAAAACGGCGAAAUAAAUUUUUAAUUAAUUUUAAAUG